AUGGACAUAAACGCAGAGUCCAGAACUUCCAUAUCUACCCUCCCCGUACCUCUUGCAGAGGUCAGUUCCGCAGGCAAAAUAGAAGCAGAGAAGCCACGAUGUUCCAGUACCCCCUGCUCAGUAAUGAGACGGACAGUUUCAGGCUAUGAGAUCCUUCGUAUGGAUUCUAACUACGUGGUUGGCUUUACAGCUGGACAGGAGCUGCUAAAAUUAGCCCAAAAUUAUAAAGGAAAUGAAGAUAAUAAAGGGGAAUCCAGGCCUAACUUGCACUCUAAAAAGAUUGAUUCAGGACUUGCGUGUUCCUCCCGUUUGUACAAGAUUAGAAGUAGGUACUAUCAGCCAUAUGAGAUCCCAGCAGUAAAUGGGAGAAGAAGGAGAUGGAUGCCUAGCUCAGGGAAUAAAUGCACUAAGGCUUUACUGUAUAAACCUUAUAAGGAACUUCACAGUUCUCUUCCUCUUUCUCUUUUAAAAGGUAAAAGGGCUCACUCUAAAUCCCUGGACUACCUAAAUUUAGACAAAAUGAGCAGUGAGGAACCCGCUGACACAGAAAUGAUACAAUACCAGCUCCAUCACCUUACCCUUAGAGGGGACCAUAUGUUUGCAAGAAAUAACAUAUGA